GAAAAAAAAAAAAAAAGGUCACAGUCAGUUACUCCCGUUAGAUCAGUGCUCACUAGAACAUCUGUAGGCACACACACACUCUCUUUACUGUCGUCCUUCUGCUCACCACGGUCAGAGUGAGCAGUCAGUGAGUCUUCCCACGUGCUGACACUUAACACUUGGUUUAGCGGCAAAGACUCAGAGAAGGGUGAGCAGCCCCUCUGGCCUUCAGAUAAAAAAAGAGCUACCCACUGUCAGAAAAUGUCACUACAGAUGAUAACAGUUGGUAAUAACAUGGCCUUAAUUCAGCCAGGCUUCUCAUUGAUGAAUUUUGAUGGGCAAAUCUUCUUCUUUGGCCAAAAAGGCUGGCCCAAGAGGUCCUGCCCCACUGGAGUUUUUCAUUUUGAUGUAAAGCAUAACCAUCUCAAACUGAAGCCUGCACUUUUCUCUAAGGAUUCCUGCUACCUUCCUCCUCUCCGCUACCCAGCCACUUGCACAUUCAAAAGCAGCUUAGAGUCUGAAAAACAUCAGUACAUCAUCCAUGGAGGGAAAACACCAAAUAAUGAGCUUUCGGAUAAGAUUUAUGUCAUGUCUGUGGUUUGCAAGAACAACAAAAAAGUUACUUUUCGCUGCAGAGAGAAAGACUUGGUAGGAGAUGUUCCUGAAGGCAGAUAUGGUCAUUCCAUUGAUGUCGUGUAUAGUCGAGGGAAAAGUAUGGGUGUUCUCUUUGGAGGACGGUCAUACAUCCCUUCUGCUCAAAGAACCACAGAAAAAUGGAAUAGUGUAGCUGACUGCCUGCCCCACAUUUUCUUGGUAGAUUUUGAAUUUGGUUGCUCUACAUCAUACAUUCUUCCAGAACUUCAAGAUGGGCUAUCUUUUCAUGUCUCCAUUGCCAGAAAUGAUACCAUUUAUAUUUUAGGAGGACACUCACUUGCCAAUAACAUCCGUCCUGCCAAUCUAUAUAAAAUAAGGGUUGAUCUCCCCCUGGGUAGCCCAGCUGUGACUUGCACAGUCCUGCCAGGAGGAAUCUCUGUCUCCAGUGCAAUCCUGACUCAAACGAGCAGUGAUGAAUUUGUUAUUGUUGGUGGCUAUCAGCUUGAAAAUCAAAAAAGAAUGGUCUGCAACAUCAUCUCUUUCAAGGACAACAAGAUAGGAAUUCAUGAGAUGGAAACUCCAGAUUGGACCCCAGAUAUUAAGCACAGCAAGAUAUGGUUUGGAAGCAACAUGGGAAAUGGAACCGUUUUCCUUGGCAUACCAGGAGACAAUAAACAGGCUCUUUCAGAAGCAUUCUAUUUCUAUACAUUGAAAUGUACUGAAGACGAUGUGAACGAAGAUCAAAAAACAUUCACAAAUAGUCAGACAUCAACAGAAGAUCCAGGGGACUCCACUCCCUUUGAAGACUCAGAAGAAUUUUGUUUCAGUGCAGAAGCAAAUAGUUUUGAUGGUGAUGAUGAAUUUGACACCUAUAACGAAGAUGAUGAGGAAGAUGAGUCUGAGACGGGCUACUGGAUUACAUGCUGCCCUACUUGUGAUAUGGAUAUCAACACUUGGGUACCAUUUUAUUCAACUGAGCUCAACAAACCUGCCAUGAUCUACUGCUCUCAUGGAGAUGGGCAUUGGGUCCAUGCCCAGUGCAUGGAUCUGGCAGAACACACACUCAUCCAUCUGUCAGAAGGAAGCAGCAAGUAUUACUGCAAGGAGCAUGUGGAGAUAGCAAGAGCACUGCAAACCCCCAAAAGAGUUUUACCCUUAAAAAAGCCUCCACUGAAAUCCCUCCACAAAAAAGGUUCUGGGAAAAUUAUUACCCCUGCCAAGAAAUCCUUUCUUAGAAGAUUAUUCGAUUAGUUUCACAAAAGCUUUUCUGAUCCAAGUGCAUCAGGUUUUUAAACAUAUUUUCAAGAAUCCUGACAAUGAUAAAAAUUAUAUUCUUAUUUUUGUUAUUGAAAAUAUCUGUUUUCUUUUAGUUAUAUGAAUUAAGUUCCAGAGAAAAGUCUUAUAAUGCAAUACAAAAUACAGUCAUUGUGUUUAGACUUAUAUAGGACCUAUAAUAUUUUGAAAAUUCUUUACUCAAAGGAUCUUCAGUGAGUAUUUUUGAUCUGAAUUUCUUUGUUCAAGGAAUGUUCAACACUGAGACAGUAGUAAUAACUAAUGUAUGCUUAUGUCCAUUAUAU